GCGCGUCUUGGAUAAAAUUGGUUGUUAUUGGUAACUUUGCAGGCUGGUAAAACAUGUUUUCACUUUGAUUGUUUUGUUUCGUGAUAAUUUGUUAAUAAAUUGCUGUCGCUAUUGUGAUUAUGGAUUCAGAUAGAAAUUCACCUUUCAAUGUUCCUAUUGGAAAUGUGGGAUUUAAAUCACCUUACUUAAAUCUUGAUCCUAAAAUCCUUUUAGGUAACCAAGAAUCGGCUGAUUACAUUUAUCUAGAUGGUGGUAAUCGACCUUCUCGUGGUAGAUUUGAAUUAGCUUUUAGUCAAAUUGGAGGUUCUGUUAUGGCUGGUGCUUCUAUUGGUGGAGUUAUUGGUUGUUAUAAUGGAUUUAAAUUAACAUCACUAAAUACAGCAGCAAUCGAUUCUAAUCAUGUUAAUAAACCUCUUUCAUGGGCAGUUCGUAGAUCACAAAUAUUAAAUUACAUUGGAAAAACUGGUGCUGUCACUGGAAACACGUUUGGUGUAGUUGCCUUACUCUAUUCAGCUAUUGGAGUUGGAUUAGGUUUUUUAAAUGAUUCAAAUGAAGAUAUAAAUACAGUUGCUGCUGGAACUUUGACUGGCGUCUUAUUCAGAGGUUUAUCAAACCCACAAGUUACAAAUGAUGUCGCAAAAGAAUUAAUUAAAUCUCAAUUAUGGCAAGUUAGAUUACGACGAUCACUAAUUGGUGGCUUAAUAGGAGCAUCAUUGUCAUCGCUAUUUGUUCUAGCAACAAAUAAAGAGAAAUAUCUUAAAAGAUGAAAGACUUAUAAAAAUUAUAAGUUUAGAAAUUAGUUUAUAAUUAACCUGUAAUAUUGUAAAUCCAAACAUGAUUGAUUAAAUCUUAGAAAUUAGCUAUCUAGCAAAAAAUAA